UACCAUGGUAACUGACAGUGGAAGAACUUAAAUUAAAUCAUGAUGUUUCUUGAGUAGGUAAUCAGAAAAAGAGCUACAUCUGUUUCUCUACAGGAAACAUGGCCUUCAGUACAGGAUUUCACACUGAGCCCAUUGUGUAACUAAAAGACUUUUCCUGGUUUUUCUGGAUAAAACAAUAUCUACCAGCAAUACAUCAUCAGGGAUAAGAAAAUGCACUAUCUCAAGACAGAAUGCAAUGAUCACAGGGAUGGAGGGUUUUGAAAAUCUACAGAUGAUGAUGAUCAGGGCUGAAUAUCCUAAGGUAAACCACUAUCUCCAUGAGGAAAAGCAAAAACAUUUAGAGAGCCUGGCAGUGGAAGGCAAGAUAGUUUUUAAUCAACUCUGGAGAAAUGUAGCUAGAAUGCGUCACAGGAGGAAACCCCUGAGAAAAAUGUAUGAGGAACUAAAGGAAAUUUGCUGCAAAACAGAUGUGGACCUGAACCAGGAUUUUGGAGACCUCAUGAAAAGGAGUCCGUUAAUGCAGCUGCACAUUCCCCAGCCUGUGAACCCACAGCUGAGCUCACAGACCAUCACGGGGAUGUCUGAAAGGCUUAACAACUUCCAAGGUGAGAACAGCCGCUGUGGUGAGACCUCACUGUUUUCCUCCAGGAGGAGAUACACUUGGAGGACCUCCCUUCAUUGCUCUAUUGGUCUUCUCAGAGAACAGGGAAGCAGGUCAAUAUGAAUACCCUUAUAACUAAUUAUAUUUUAUUGUUAAUUAACAAGUAAAAGCUAUCUGAAGUCUGCCAAAGACAAUUGAAUAUAACUGUUUUCUUAUGACAAUCUGCACUGAGUUUAAAACCACGAAAGCAUGUGGCAUUAAAACUACAUAUUAGGGGCGCCUGGUUGGCUCAGUGGGUUAAGCCUCUGCCUUCGGCUCAGGUCAUGACCUCAGGGUCCUGAGAUCUAAACCCCGCAUGGGGCUCUCUGCUCAGCAGGGAGCCUGCUUCCCCCCUCUCUCUCUGCCUUUCUCUCUAACUACUUGUGAUCUCUCUCUCUGUCAAAUAAAUAAAUAAAAUAUUUUUUUAAAAAACUACAUAUUAAUUCAGCUAUUUCAAUUUGCAGAUGUUAACUAUGGUUGUAUGGAGAUGUUCAGAUUCUUAGGAGCACCGUUAGUGGUUAUUUAAAUGUUUAUUUAAGAAUUUAAUUUAAGGAAUGUAUUUGAAAAAUCGCAAGACUUAACAAAGGGGUAAACAUAUAUUUAUAAAUAAUAGGUACAACCAGAAAACAAAUGGAACAUGUGAUUUGUUGUGUGGAGGGACAGAUGGUGAGGCUGGCAGACAGGAAAAGCAGGCCUGGGAUGGGAUAAGUUGGAUUCGGAUUCCAUGAUGUAAGAGUUAGAAAUUCAGAGAGAAAAACUACUUCUUAAAAACAGGCAAAUACAGACUUUCAGUUUAUUUUACCUUUGCUUGUUUGCAUGUUGUGUCCCCAUAUUUGAGAAAGGUGAUCACUAUUUAGGACUAAUAAAAAUAAUAAUAUCAUAUUUUUAAAGUGAUCUGUAGUACAUUUAUUACUGUUAUUAUAUUUACUUUAUUUUGUGCUAGUUGGUGAAUGAGAAGACUUAAGCAAGUGAAGGGCCAUAUUGGUAUUUACUUGGCAUCGAUGUGCAGGCUCCUAAAUGUUCAGUGAACUAGUGAAAAUAAAGUGAACCUGACAUCCUACAUGUUUCUGUAUUCUCAAAGUUGUCUUUCCUCUAGUUCUUUGAAGAGACCUUUACUUGCUCUGUACAUAGGCAAGGAGCCCUUGCUGAGGUCUCUGGAUUUUCAGUGACACACUCUGUUUAGUCAUUUGCGGUAAAAGAGUGUUCUGGAGCAGUUAGUAUGGGCUCUGUCAUGAAAGCUAACUGUUCCAUGUUCCAGAACUUGAUGAGGAAUUACUAAAUGGUAAGUACCACAGUGGGGUGGGAGUGUUCUCAGGAAAUGAAGCAAACCAGUUUUCGUUUAGUUUUAGAGAUGUGCUUGUUCGGCAUUCACCAGAAGACUACUGCACUUUGUCCCUAGAACUUUUAAACUCUGUUCUUUGACUUCACGAUUUUCUUCUUACUGAAGUGUGUCUUACAUUGGACCAUAAUAUAAGCAGUUCCCGUGUGGCUCUGUUUGAAGCCUGAGACAUCUGCAAUGCAGUCCUGACUAUGAACA